AUGGGUAUCGUUGCCAAUUAUGCCACGGAUCAUCCAUGGCUGGUCGCCAUCUCAGCUGGCGCUGCGGUACAUGUCACUGUUUUCAUCAAGGGAGAAUGGCACAUGCAGGCCCCAUGGCUGGCAACAAUUCUCCUUGGCACGUUCGCAGCAGCGUUGACAACAGAUCUGUAUCGACCGCAUUUCCAUCCACUGUCCCUCUUCAGCAUUGUUGCCACUUUCUACAUUGGUCUCCUUACCAGCAUUGUCAUCUACAGACUAUUCUUCCACAAGCUACAUCGAUUCCCUGGUCCAUUCGGGGCCAAAAUUUCAAAAUUAUGGCACACAUUGCACUGCUUGGACUCACGGCAGCACAUCUACCUCCACUCACUGCACAAGAAAUAUGGAUCGAUCGUUCGCACGGGCCCACGAGAACUCAUGAUCAUUACUCCGGAUAUCUUCGAACUCUUGGAUGAUCCUCGAAAUCAAAGCCACAAAACUGACUGGUACGAUCUUUUACGGCCAGCAAAAGCUGUCAUAUCUGAGCGGGAUCCUGCCAUUCACAAUAAGAGAAGAAAGAUAUGGGACAAAGCUCUCAAUGCAGCAUCACUGGCAGAAUAUAAGCCUCUUUUGAACAAUCACGUUCAGAAAUUAUUGGAUAACAUCGACGAAUCCUCGGCUGGAGGCAAACCAGUUCUUGCGAACGAUGUCUUCUACUGGUUUGCGUUCGAUGUAGUGUCUGAGCUGGCACUAGGCAAAACAUUCGGUAUGCAAGAAGAAAGAAAGUGGCAUCAGAGCACGUUGCAUCUACGCAGCGGAAUGGGACUGUUGGGCAUCGCCUCAUCGGUGCCGUGGCUGGCACGAGUGGCAUUCGCAUACGUACCCAACUUCCCCGUCAUUAGGGAUUGGUUCGCAUUGCAAGACUUUUUGAAGGAAAAGAUGACGGAGCGUGUCCAUCGAGGUCUAGUCGGGAAGGAUAUUGCGGAGCACUUUAUUGAGAGUGUGGGAGAGGAGAACAAGUGGACAGAAGAGGAUUGGCAGUGGGUUCAUGGCGAUGGUAUGAACGUUCUCAUCGCGGGAAGCGAGACGACUGCUGCCACCAUAACGUUUUUAUUCUCGCAGCUGGCCAAGGACAAAGCGCUCGCAAACCGCCUGCAUCGCUCGUUGGAACAUACCGAGGCUACUGAUCUCAAGGCUUUGCGUGAGAAUGAACUGCUGAAUGGCAUCAUUAAUGAGACUUUACGACUGUAUCCCGCUCUGCCAAGCGCAGCUUACCGGGAAACCCUCGAGGAUGGUUUGAAAGUCGGAGACACCUGGAUACCUGGCGGGACAAAGAUCAUAGCUCCACGCUAUUCUGUUGCUAGAUUGGAAGCUGCAUUUCCAGAUGCGGAAUCUUUCAUUCCAGAGAGAUGGAUGGAUAAGCCAGAGCUCGUUCCUUGGCCCAAAGCUUUCGCGCCCUUUGCAACCGGAAGGUAUUCAUGCGUGGGGCGACAAUUAGCAUUGAAUGAGAUUCGGAUGACUACGGCAUCAAUUAUACAGAAAUACGCCGUGGCUUUAGCUCCAGGCGAAGACGGAGAAGCCGUCAUUUCCGAGAUGAAAGAUCAGAUGGCAGUCUUUCCUGGGCCGCUGAGAUUGGCGUUCAGCAGAAGAGAGGACUAA